AUCUCGAACACCGAACUCCUCCGCUCUCAUCCACUUACCCCGGGCCCCGCCCCCUCGCGGCCGGGCGGCUGUCAAUCACCAAGAGGGAGCACGCGAUUGGCGGAAAGGGUAGAUAAAAGGACGGGCAAGAGGGAGAAAGAAAAAAGAAAACGAAAAAAGGACACGUGGUACAGAAGCCGCGGCGGCGCACAGAGAUUUCGAGCAUUGGACACAAUCUUUUCUUCUCAGAGUUUCCAGAAUCAUUCACUGAGUCAGAAAAUGCCUGUCCUCACUGAACUGUUUAGUCAUAUUGAUAAACACCAGGAUCAAUACAUAAAGAAGCUUGCAGAAUGGGUGGCAAUCCAGAGUGUUUCUGCAUGGCCAGAGAAAAGAGAAGAAAUUAAUCGAAUGAUGGAAGUUGCAGCUGCAAACAUAAGACAACUAGGUGGCACAACUGAGCUAAUAGACAUUGGGAAACAAAAGCUCCAUGAUGGCUCAGAAAUACCUCUUCCUCCUAUUUUACUUGGCAAACUGGGCUCAGAUCCCCAAAAGAAAACUGUGUGUGUCUAUGGACAUCUGGAUGUACAACCAGCAGCCCUGGAGGAUGGCUGGGACAGUGAGCCCUUCACAUUGGUAGAAAGAGAUGGAAAACUGUAUGGAAGAGGUGCAACUGAUGACAAGGGACCAGUACUUGGCUGGCUAAAUGCCCUGGAAGCUUUUCAACAGAUAAAUCAGGAUAUCCCUGUCAAUGUCAAAUUUUGUCUAGAAGGCAUGGAGGAAUCUGGUUCUGAAGGCUUGGAUGAUUUGAUUUUUUCCAAGAAAGAUACUUUCUUCAAAGAUGUGGAUUAUGUUUGUAUCUCUGACAACUACUGGUUGGGGAAAAAGAAGCCCUGUAUUACAUAUGGCCUCAGAGGAAUUUGCUACUUUUUUAUAGAGGUGGAAUGCUCUGACAAAGACCUUCAUUCUGGUGUGUAUGGUGGUUCGGUGCAUGAAGCCAUGUCAGAUCUCAUUACUCUGAUGGGCUGCUUGGUGGACAAAAAGGGACACAUUCUCAUCCCUGGUAUUAAUGAAGCAGUGGCUCCUGUUACUGAUGAGGAGCUCUUGUUAUAUGAAAAGAUUGACUUUGAUUUGGAAGACUAUGCAAAUGAUGUGGGAGCAAAGACACUUCUUCAUGACUCGAAGGAAAAAAUCUUAAUGCACCGAUGGAGAUACCCAUCCCUGUCUCUCCAUGGAAUUGAAGGAGCUUUUUCUGGAACAGGAGCUAAAACUGUGAUUCCUAGGAAAGUGAUUGGCAAGUUCUCAAUAAGAUUGGUGCCAGAUAUGGUACCUGAAGUUGUCGAAAAGCAGGUUGUAAGUUACUUGAAUGCAAAGUUUACUGAGCUGAAGAGCCCCAACAAGUUCAAGGCGUACAUGGGCCAUGGUGGAAAACCCUGGGUGUCUGACUUCAAUCAUCCUCAUUACCUGGCUGGGAGAAAAGCCCUGAAAAGAGUUUUUGGUGUUGAACCAGACUUGACCAGAGAAGGGGGCAGUAUUCCUGUGACCUUGACCUUCCAAGAGGCCACAGGUAAAAAUGUAAUGCUGCUGCCUGUUGGAUCAGCAGAUGAUGGUGCUCAUUCACAGAAUGAAAAGCUCAACAGGCAUAACUACAUAGAAGGGACCAAAAUGCUGGGUGCAUACCUAUAUGAAGUGUCUCAACUGAACUGAGCCAUACGCUUUAUUCCUCACUUUGGAGGCUGACAACUAACUGGCAAGUUGGUUAAUCUGGUCAUUGGGCCAUUUCUUAUCAGGAGGCCUCUUAUUUUUCUCUUUUCCUUUCAUAAAAACAAGCACCUACAAAAGCUUUGACUAUCUGCUGUUACUGUACCCACUAUACACUAUUAUAUAAAAAUGGUACCACAUGAAGACACAGCUCUGACAAGGGUCUCUGAAUUGACAUAUUCUAGUCUCAGUUGGACUGUUUCCGAAAUUGCUACAAAAUUACUUUAUUCCAUCUAAAACAGAAAUUCUUAACGUUUCUGUAUCAUGGACAUGUCGAACAGUCUGGUGAAGCAGAGUAAUGUUUUGUUUCCUGGAGUCAUAAUUGAAGAAAAUGCUAAAUUUCAGUUAGAGGUUAAUGAAAAAUAAGACAUGUUUUCCCAUACAAGGUCACAGACCCUUUGGAAUCUAUUCUUGAACCCCAGGUAAAGAAUCCUCGAUCUAAAAAAAUUAAGUCCUCAAAAAGAAAUGUUAUUAAUUGAUAGACUGUCUUCGAUAAUAGGACUUGAUGUUUUCAACAGGCUGGUUGUGGUACAUUUAUUCCUUAUCUCUGUCUUCCUUUUUUUAAGCUGAUUGACCUAAUAUGUUGUUUUAUAAGGGAAAUAUUGAAGAUUAUGAAAGAAAUUAAGGUGGUCACUUUAGCUUUUGUUAACAUCUGGUUCUCUUGCUGCAGAGCCAUUGUGUCAUUAAUUCUCUUCAAGAUUUUGGCAAUUGGAGUUUCCUGUCUUUAGACAAUAGACAAACUCCACCAAACUUAACCAGGAUAAUUCCUUUGUUUUUUCAUGUAUGUGCUGCUAAAUAAAAAUUUUAAAUGGAGCCUCA